AUGGAUCAAGAAGUCCGAAAGUCAAGUGAGCAGGGGUUCGGAGAUCCAAAAUCGGUGCUCCAGUCUAUGGUCGUGAGAUGGCCGCCGGAUAAGAAAGCUCGAUUUUAUGCGGAUCCAGAAUUUGAGGAGCUCAUUAUCGAUGUUGGGUUGAAGUUCAAUCGUGACUUGGGGACAAUUUGGAUGGACAGGGUAGCCCGCGUUCUACUAGCGAUUCCCCCUGAAGAUACACAGCGAGCUAAGGCACUGUUCUCCUGGAUCUCAUGCACCCUCCCUACUUUGAUUUCCUCAAAUUUAACCGCGCAAGCGAAUGACACCUUGGAGGGCGCAAUGAAAAUCGCCCUAACCUCUGGUAACUUGGCGGUAUGGCUUGCGAUCGUUCCUAAAGGCCUGGACCUGGAGAUUACAGUUCCGAGUUUCUUUCCCACGCUUCAGGAAGCCAAGGCACUUCGUGAUAAAUAUGCAAAGGUGAUAUUCGAGAACUACGAUAACCUCCGGAGGUUGAUGCAAACCAGUGAGAAGGAGAUUCAGAAUCGAUGGGCCCGUGCAGACGCCAAAGGCCGUGCGAAGAUCUUGAGACAGGUAUGGCCAGCUAUCAGCGCCAAACACCUGUCGCAUGUGCGAGACAUCAUGAAGCACAAUAAACCCCCAGAUGCGGCAUGUCUAUGGCCGCAUAUCAACGUGGAAGGCUUGUCACAAUCCGACAAUCUUCUUGGGUUCCUUGAUUCACGAACUCGUCAACCACCUUGGAUGUUCUUUUGGCUUGAUAAAGAGUCCUGGGCUGUUGCGGCAGCCAACCGGUAUGUCCAGGCAUAUUGGCUAAGUGAACACCUCAUGGAGGUCACUGGAAAAGACACUGUCGAUGACUACUGCAACAUCACUACGGGGGAACAGAUGUCCGAUGCGAAGUUUAAAAUAUGGCCUCAGUUUGCUGCGCGUGCAGGCGAUGGCUUGACGACGAUGGUAGUACAAGCACACAUCUAUAGUUUCCUGUUCGAUUGUUGUCUCGUUAUUCUGGAUGAAACCAAGGCGCAAUUUCAGGCUUCACAUAACCACCUUGAUCCUGCAUCUCCGCUGGGAAAUUCGACUGUGCAGCUUAAACCAACCUCGACAGUCGAUGCGUUGAUCAAAUUCCCAUAUCGAGUACCGAGGUUUGAUCAACUCGAUCUCGAAACCUUGAUACAAAAUGUGGCAGCGACUCGAGACUUUGCCCGAGCUCACUACCUAUCAUUGAGGCGUGAUCCCGCAUAUUUUGCCCAAGCUCUGAAAGAUCUGAGCGAGCACCGACUAGAGCAUGUUCAAGUCAAAGCUUACGUUGUGGAAAACAUGAACAGAAGACCGCCGUGGGACAAGCGAAAGGACCCCCACAGGGGCAAACACCCUAUUCUGAGUGAUGAAAAAUCACAUCCACUAUUUUGGAACUAUGUCUUGAUUGAACUGGUUAAAGAGACCCUUUGGAAACUCAUAUUGUUCGACGACUUGCACGACCGGCUUGUCACAAUCUACAACUCGUUCGAUCCAUCCAACCCCACGGCUUCCUUGAUCAGUCCUGACAAGGAGCUACCGAAACACGUUUUCAAGGAACUUGGCCAUCUUCUCUACAGGUUAACCUUGAUCAUUUGUCCAGCUACCGAGGCACUGGGAGACACGAUAGCUGCGUCUCCGCUGCUACGGGAGCAGUUUUGGAUCUAUCCGAAGCCACCCUCCCAGACAAAAUACCUUAUCGAGAGACGAAAACCUUUGACCAUCGUGGACAAGCCGUCCGAUGUUUCCUGGUUAAUUGACACGCUCGUGAAUACAGGCCCGAACCGAAAAGUUCCGUUUGUUUUGAUGAUCAGCUUGCUACAUCACGCUAUGGAGAAUUCGCAGGCCUCUCUGACUAAUUACAUUUACGGCUUGGUGGCCGACAUUGGACUUCUGUCAGAGAUCUUGAACACAUUGGAACUCCUUCAUCCUUGGUCAUUGGCCGUUCAGCAUGAUUUUUCACAAAACCAUUCUUCACGAGACGAUUUGUCACAAGACUUCCGCGAUUUCCAAGGUGUGAUUUACCGCAUAUCCUCUUACCUUUCUCUAACGAGUUCCGCGACGGGCAUGUUCGAUUUGGCGAGUCAUCUAUGCGACACAUCACCGGACGAUAUCUAUCCUACCGAAGGGAAGCACAAGGUAGAAGUCGCAGCUCUACGAAAGAAAUCCGAGAAUGCUCUUGCCCAAUUCUGGAAGAAAGUCGAUGGGCAACUCAGACCUAUCCUCGUUGAGUAUCCAAUUGUGGAGGACGCCCACGAGAUUGAACAACAAGAACAAUUGGCCGAAUCUGCAAAAGUGAAGAAUCAACGACCCAAGAAGAAGAAAAGUAAGAAAGGAAAGGAGAUAGUCGAGCCGGGAAUGGAAGAGGACGAGGAAGAUCAAGAAGAAGAGCAGCAGCAGGAGAUGAUCCAGGAGUAUGAGCAACAGGACGAGCCAGCAUUAGAGGAAGAUGAGAAUGACGUCCAGCAAACAAGCGACGAGAGAUAUAAAAAGAUGUGGGAGGAAGAAUGGGAUAAAGCGUGGGGGGAGAACAGGAGCAAGAGGAGGAGCCAGAGAAAGCAGAGACAUCCAAAAAAGGACACAAGCGACAACGAGACGCCGAAAUUGAAGCACCAAACAAGGCUAUCAAGAUCGGAGACAAGAAAGUCAAGGUCAAGACAAGAGGGAUAG